GCGAGUGUGCGAUGGCGCGAAGAAGGACGUUCCUUGAGGAACGCCCCUUGGGCAUUGAACCGCCUAGGGAAGUACCGGGUGGGAUAAAGGUUAGCUUGUCGGCGGCAAGUGAAGGUUGGCACCAGGUGGCAGAUUGGGUCGGGGUCGAGCUUGCGGAAAAUAUGGUGUACUUGGUGACGAAAGUAUGGUUUACUUGGUGACGAAAGGUGAGUGGCGUGCGGAUGAGAAUGAGGAAUGGAACCCGGACCCGCGGGGGCAUGUGCGUGCAGAAGGACGACUGUAUGUGUCAGAGGAUGGGUGGAGGGAGUUCGGAGUUCGGCUGGCAUCAGGAGAAGACCCGUUGAGCAUGUUUGAAGGGGCAUGGCAGUUAGUAUGGCGAGCGGGAUUUGAGUUCGCAGAUCCGGGGGUUGACGAGGUAACGGCGGACCUUAGGGUAGCCAUGGUCGGGAGUGUUGAAUUGCCUAGUGAAAAUGUACGAAUGAGGCUGCCGCCCUUCCUGCUGGAAAGGCUGGGCGGUCUGGGACUUGUUAGACAAGCGGUAGCCGACCUCGCAAGCCUGACAUAUGAAGAUGCGAUGGUAUAUCGAGAAUACUAUCGGGCCUUCCUAGAAAUGAGUCCGUUUAGCGGGGAGCAGAAGUAUGAGGUGUUGCGGACUCUGCGCGCCGUUUUUACCACCAGGCCAAGGGCCCCGGUCGUAGGUGAUGAAGUUCUAUGGGGCGUUGUCCGACGGGAAAUAAGUCCAGGGAUGACGGACGUGGAUGAUCUACACCGAUUGUAUGAGCCGACGGGAAUAGAGACGGGCUGGCUAGGUAAAGAAAUGGCAACUGAGGAAGGGAUCGGUGACCAGCAGAGCGAAGGGAAUCAAGGCACGAAUAGGGAUAGGGAACGAAACGAGGGAUCAACCAGGGAUCGAGAGUCAGCCAAACUGGAAGGAACCCGAGAAGACAGAAAGGACGCCUCAAUUGGAGAAAGCUCGGGGAAAGCCGGAGGGUCAUGUGAGGGACGCAGGACCGGUCAGGACAAGGCCAGGUAUGAGGGGAAAGAUAAUAGCCACAAAGGAACGCCUAGUAAGAAGGGGAAGGACAAGAACGACCCCCCGGCGGAAGGGAUGGAAAACGCUAUGACACUGCCUGCCAUCGACAGCGGCACUAGCCGACUGCCAGGCACGUCGAAAGUAACAGGGGUGUGCGACGGACUCUUGAGCCUUAGGGAAAGGGUGCUAGGAUGGUUUGACCCAGAAGGAACGCCGAAAACCAGGGAGAACCAGAGGGAAAGCAAGAAAGGGAAAGGGACCAGUGCAGCUGGAGAAGCGGGUAGCUUCGAAGGUGGUCUCAAGAGGAUAGUCACCACCCUCACCCGGGCACUAAACAAGAACCAAGGGUAUCUCGCAGAUGCAAAGAAGAAACUCACGUUCGAUAGGGCCAACAUUACGGAGUUUUUAAUAGAUUAUGAGAACCUAGCAACCUUACUGAAAUGGAUGGAAGAGGAAAAGAUGGAGCACCUAGGGCAGCACGUGUCGCUAAGCUUGGGAAGGGACAUUAUGGCCAUCGUCGCGUCUAGUGGAUCCUGGAAAGAAACCAGGAAUGAGAUGAUGAGGAAAUACCUGAAGGCAGAGAAAAUGGCAACAGAGGCCGAAUUAUCCGCAGUCCACAGGAAAAACUAUGCGACUUACAACGAUUUCCUAAGGGCAUUUACGUUAGUGGCGCUGCGAAUUCCCGGGGUAACGAACCGCAUAAUGAGUAAAUACUUCCUCAGGCAGUUCUCCGAGUUUGAUAAGGAUAAGAUUUUGUCAGCAUACCAGCAGACCUGUAAGUUCGAGUACACGAGAGAUGUGGACUUCAGCACCGUAACAGACCUUGCGGAAAAGACAAUGGUCACCGAGACACUAGCCCUGCUUAAGGAAGGGGAGGUCAUAGAUCUAACCGACAAAACGCGAUUCAUUUUAAGGAUCGAUCCCACCAAUGUUGCCAGGGCACUGAAGAAUUACAAGCCUAUAGAUCCGACCGUUGGCAGAUGGAUAGGCUUCAUAUGGCAGUUCGACUACAAGGUCGAGCGGAUCGCAGGGCUUCGAAACAGGGCGGAUAGGCUGAGUAGGGUAUGCAUCACGCCGGAGGGAAUAGAGGACGAGGAACCAAUUGACGCCUUCCUAGAUUACGAAGGGGGGGCCCUUGUUGUGGAUAACGAAAUGGCCGACUCAACACUUACAACAGGCCAGCUGCUGAUUCAAACCUUGAAAAAGGGCACGCUUGCAGUAGUGGCAAAACUCAGGGAAGGAUCAGUCACCACGGUCAGGCGCAAAGAGGAAAAGGACUCAUGGGGAGCAGAAGUUGGGGCGAGAGAGGAACUGAUGGAAAUGGCCGUGGAAGGGGGACGGGAUGUCGUGAUGACGUUGGCCGAAGCCUGGGCGCAGAAGGAAUGCCAGUACCUAGUCAACCAGACCCGGGAAGAGCAGGAUGCGGAUCGGAAGGAACAAGAGUUCUUCCUCAUACAGAUGUAUGAGGGCGUCUUUAGAAAAAUCGGGGUGCUGCUUGUAGGGAACAAACAACCCUCGGAAGUCAGCUCCAAGGCAAGGGAGGAAGAUGAGAAGUAUGUCUUAAGAAAUGGCCACCUAUUUAAGAAAGAGGAAGGGAUGACGCCUAGGCGAGUUGUUUGUGGGAGGUCUAGGCAGCUGGAUGUAAUUCAGACCAUGCAUGACGGACUAGCUGGAGGUCACCGGUUAGAUGAUAAUCUGCACUUGACAACGGAGGAGUUCAUCACCACACGUUGCCAGCAGGUCGCCAGGAAUGAGGAGGCAUUGGAUGAAGUAGUUAACCGUGUAACGGAUAGCCGAAUGAAGGACAAAGCAAGGUGGGACCUGGUCAAGAACAUUCGGAAAGAGCCACUCCAGGUGGGGGAGAAAGUGUUAGUUAGAAACUCGGCUCUUGAAAGCAUAUGGUCUGGGCAACUGGGAAAGAGAUUCAAAGGGCCUUACAGGAUCGCUAAGCGGGUCGGACUGAAUACGUUCGAACUUGAGGAUCUUGAUGGUACUAGCAUAAGAGGACCAUUUCCGGGACAGAGACUGGCCAGAUUUUUUAGCAGGAUUCGGUGGAACAAUGGUUACAAGAAGCCCGGGACAGAGAAACUGGGGAACGGACAGCCUGAAAGGCAGGCAGCUGGCUAAAAGUUCUGGACCGCCUCCCUGUGGAAGUGAUCAUGACCACAGGGAUUGUUCUUUUGUGUGUCUUGCUUUUUGUGGAACGUGGGGAGACUGCCUGGGCUGACUGUGACUGGGCUUGGGAGCACGGCACAGUGUAUUAUAGUUUUUGUAGGGUAACGCUGGGGACUGUCUACACGAGGUAUUUAUGUGCUGGGAAAAUGUACCAUAGUUUUUGUGGGGUGAUGUUGUGGACUACCUACAUGGGGCACCUAUGUGUUGGGACAAUGUGUCGAGGGUUCUAAGGGAUAAUGGGACUACCAACUAUAUGGGGGCAAGCAAGAGUUCUAGGGAAGCCUCCAAGGCUGCAAAUGGGAGUGGAAGGGAAUACGUGUGUAUGAGGGGUACCAUGACUGUUAUGUAUGAACAGGGCCAGGCAAAAAGAAGAAAGACAACAAGAAAACAAAAAAAUGGAGUUUGGGAAUGAAAAUGACGGCAAUGC